AUGGCUGUCAUCAAAAUCGACAUUAUCUCCGACGCGAUCUGUCCCUGGUGUUUCAUUGGCUAUCGAAAUCUCCAGAGAGCCAUUCAACUGUACCAAAAGACAUAUCCUGGCGGGUCGAAAGAUGUAUUCGACAUAACUUGGAAGCCCUACUUCAUCGACCAGGUUCCCCGGGGGAGUGAAUUAGUGCAAGAUCGUAUGCUCCGUCGUAUGAGCCCCGAGAUGGUUCACGGCGCCCAAAUGCGCCUGAAGCGAGUCGGCACCAGCGCCGGAAUCGACUUUAAAUUUGGCGGAUGGAUCGGAAGUACACGCAGGGCACACCAACUGCUCUAUCUAGCUCGCAAAGAGAGCAGUGAGCUGCAGUGUCAAUUAUCCGAAAAGUUGUUUCAGUAUCAAUUCGAAAAGGAGGCUGAUAUCAGUCGACCGGAAGUCCUGGUGGAAGCGGCCGUGCAAGCUGGGAUUCCGGAGGAGAGAGUAAAGGGAUGGCUGGCAAGUGACGAGGGCAUGAAAGAGACAGAAGAAGAGACGAAGCAAAUCAAGGAGUCUGGGAUUGUCGGGGUGCCUCAUUUCAUAAUUGGCGAGACGCAGCAUCUGCAGGGAGCUGAGGACAUGGAGGAAUUGUUCCAGGCUUUUAUCGCCGCGAGAGAGGGAAAGUAG